AUGAAAUCUUCGCUCAUCUUCCUUUUCUCUGCUCUACUCAUUUCUGCCGCUGUGGCCGCUAAGCUGGGCAAACGCGAGGCAGAACAGGAACGUCAGAAACCCCAGGAAGUUGAGGCUACACCUGACUCUUGCGACUGCUCGCUCAAGUGCCCAUCGGAGUUACAACAGGGAAAACCUCUCGAUUUAAAAGAUCAGAAAUCCCAGGAAGUUGAGGCUACAGACUCUUGCGACUGCUCGCUCAAGUGCCCAUCGGAGUCACAGGAAAAACCUCUCGGUUUAGUACAGGGAAGCGCACCACUGCCAGCACAACAGCAAGUUCCUGAAGAAGCAGCGAAUGAAGAUGUGAAUCUUGGUUAUAUGCUCAACUGA